UUUUUUAUAAUUCAUCAAAGAUUUUGAAUAUAUGUAAAAUGGAGGUAAAAAGAGAUCGUUUAUCAACUGAAAUAAAUCAAAAGCUGAAAGAAGCUUUAUCUGAUUCAUUAGAAGUAACUACUGAAAACAAGAGGAAUUCUGUGGCAUCACCUAAUCAAUCAAUUGAUACUCAAAUAAUUAAUGAAGAUGAAAAAGAUCGUCAAAAAAAUGAUAUUAAGGUUCGGAAACAAACUUACAAAAUAAAGAAAAAAAAUGUUGUCAAAGAGUUCUCAUCAGCUCUUCGGGAUAAAUCUUGCACUAUAUUGUCUUCAUCUAUUAAGAUACGCGGAACUUUAAAAAGUUGGGCAAAAUAUUGGUGUGUUGUGAAACCUGAGCUGGUUAUUAUCUACAAAAGCACUAAACAACGUCAUUGGGUAGGAACUAUUCUUAUAAAUAAUUGCGAGUUCUUUGAAAGGCCAUCUUCCAAAGAAGGAUUUUGUUUUAAGAUUUUCAACCCUUAUGGUGAGACUAUAUGGGCAACCAAGGGACCAAAUGGUGAGCUAGCUGCUGCUCUUGUCCAACCAAUGCCUAAAGAUCACUUGAUAUUACGUGCUGAUAAUGAGCACACAGGUAAAUGUUGGUUAGAUGCACUUGAAGUUGCUCAACAAUCUUCUCUUGUUACGUCUAAUAAAAUUCACAGUGAUUUAUAUGGAGGAGAUGAAAAUAAUUUGCUAUCUCAAGGAGCUGAUAGUUUUACAUCUCAAUAUACUGAUACACAUGAAGAAAAUGAUAAAUCUGAUGAUUCAAGUCUAGAAGAAGUUGCUGAUGAAGAAGCAUUUAUAGCUUGUGCAACCGAACAAACACCAAUACAAGAAACAACAUAUUCAAAUUUAGUUGAUAAUGAGGAGUUUGGUGAGAGUGGAGAGACAGCUGAGGAAAUGGAAGAAGAAAAUAAGAGUAUACUCUGGGCACUGCUAAAACAAGUGCGUCCAGGAAUGGAUUUAUCUAAGGUUACACUACCUACAUUUAUACUUGAACCAAGAUCAUUUCUUGAAAAGCUCUCAGAUUAUUACUACCAUUCCAAUUUUCUUGCAAUGGCAGCAAACGAUGAAAACCCUUAUAGCCGAAUGAAGGAAGUUGUUAGGUGGUAUUUGUCUGGAUUUUAUAAAAAGCCAAAGGGUUUAAAAAAGCCCUACAAUCCUAUAAUUGGGGAAAUGUUUCGCUGUAUGUGGAAAGAUGAAAAAAGUUCAUCUCGUACUUUUUUCAUAGCUGAACAAGUGUCACAUCAUCCACCUGUUUCUGCUUUUUAUUGCUCAAACAGAAAAGAUGGUUACACAAUAGGUGGUUCAAUUCUUGCUCGAUCAAAGUUUUACGGAAACUCUACAUCAGCCAUAUUGGAUGGAAUAGCUAAGUUAAGACUUUUAAAUAGAGGCGAAGAGUAUACAGUGAAUAUGCCAUAUGCACAUGUUAAAGGAAUUUUGAUUGGCUCAUUAACUGCUGAGUAUGGUGGAAUUGUUCAAAUUAAAUGCGAAAAGACAGGAUAUGUUGCUGAAAUUGAGUUUAAACUUAAGCCAUUUUGGAAAAAAAGUGGGGAAUGCAAUUAUGUGUCAGGAAAAAUUAGAAUGGGAAAUUCAGUUCUUGCAAAAAUUGAAGGAAAAUGGGACAGUGAAAUAUUCAUUUAUGAGUAUAGCAGUAAUCAAUCAAAUGAAGAAACAAAGCCAAAGCUUUUUUUUUCUCCAACACCUGAAAUGAAACAGUCAAGAUUAAAGUGCUAUAAUGUUGCACUUGCUGAACAAGAAGUGUACGAAUCUGAAAAAUUAUGGCUGAAAGUUUCUGAAGCUAUUAAAAAUGCUGAUCAAACUGCAGCCACUCGAGAAAAGCUGGUGCUUGAAGAUGAACAAAGGCGAAUCCACAAAGAGUUGCAUGAAAAUAAUAAAGAAUGGGUUCCACGCUACUUUGAACGUGACAUUGAAUCAAUGAAUGAAUAUUCAUGGGUUUAUAAGUACAGAGAUUUGCGUGCAUGGGAUCCAGAUAAUGAUCUUCUUCAAUUUGAAUAUCAAGGAAUUUUAAGAACACAGACUAUUCGACAAGUAGCUAUUGUUAAAAAUGCAGUAAGUUUGUCUAAGAGUGCAUUACCAGCAUCCUCAAACAAAUAUUUGCCUUUAAUUAAAGAACCUGAGGGAAGUUGUUCUGGUGGUUCAAGAAGGACUAGUCUUGGUACAACUCACAGUUGUGAGUCACCGCAACUCACUGAACAAAUCACCAAGCUUGUUGAAAUGGUAUUACAAUUAUCAAAUGAUCACAAAGAAACACACAAAAACUUGCAUUUAUUACGAUUGGAAGUGAAUAAUUUUCAAAAACAGUUCAAGUCUAAAUCUUUUUUUAACUUUAAGGAUAUUGUAUUAGUUUUUUUGUUGUUUAUUAGUAGUUAUAUUUUUUCCAAGUUGCUGUAGGGUAUAGUUAUUUAAAUUAUUUGUUGUUUUUUUUAGGUAUUUAUGUCUUGCAAUGUCAAUUUAAGUUAUGUAAAAUCUUUAUGUUCUUUUAUUUUCUUUUCA